GCUACCCAAUUGCCGUUGGUCAGUCGUGGUCUCCCGCUGUGUCCGGCCGUACGUGGGCCCAGGUGCGCCCCGGCGGCGGCGAGGUUCCCGAGAGAAGCCCUGUUGGAGCUCCUGAAUCGUGGGGGAGCAUCUCCGAUAUCAAGGCCUUCCAAAAGGUUUUCCUGAAAUCCUGACCAAACACCCUCAGAAAUACUGAAAAGUACUCUCCAGGAAAUCCGAUAGACGACGCCUGAAAUCUCCUCAGAAUCUUCUCGAAAUUCGGAGCUCUCAGAGCCUUCGAGCCUUUGUCAGCCCCUCCCAGGGAUGGAGGCAGACUUUUAGUUUCUCCACCACCUGCAGAGCGACCGGGGUGGCCCAUGGACGUUCCAGAGGGCCAGGCAGGUGGCCCUGCUGCAAAAAUGUACCUCUGGGACCAGCUGGAGGAGGGGAGCCUGGGGACGCUGCUGAGCUUGGAGGAGCAAAUACUCAACUCUAUGUUCGAAGCUUGUGACACCCAAAGGACAGGCAUUGUGGCUGUGACCCAUGUGCUAGCCUACCUGGAGGCUGUGACAGGCCGUGGCCCCCAGGAUACACGCCUCCGAACACUGGCCUGCAACCUGGACCCCAAUGGGGAGGGUCCUCAGGCCACUGUGGACUUGGACACCUUCCUUGCCGUCAUGCGAGACUGGAUCGCUGCCUGUCAGUUGGAUGGGGGAUUAGAGCUGGAAGAGGAGACAGCCUUUGAGGGGGCCCUGACCUCCCAGCAACCGCCAUCUGGAUGCCCAGAAGCCGAGGAACCAGCCAACUUGGAGAGCUUCGGAGGCGAAGACCCCAGACCUGAGAUAAGAGCCUCAUCUCCCCACUGCAGCCACCCCCUACCCCGCCUGGGAAGGUGGAGGGUUGUGGCCUGUGACCAGCCCUUCCCUGACCUCAGGCCCGCCACAGCUGACCUGCUGAGCAGCCUGGAGGACCUGGAGCUCAGCAACCGCAGGCUGGCUGGGGAGAACGCCAAGCUCCAGCGCAGCGUGGAGACAGCUGAAGAGGGAGCCACACGCCUGGGCGAGGAGAUCACAGCCCUGCGCAGGCAACUUCGCAGUACCCAGCAGGCUCUGCAGUGUGCCAAGGCUGUGAAUGAGGAGCUGGAGGACCUGAAGACUCUGGCCAAGAACCUGGAGGAACAGAAUCGCAGGCUCCUGGCCCAGGCCCGGCAGACGGAAAAAGAGCAGCAGCAUCUGGUGGCCGAGAUGGAGACUCUGCAGGAGGAGAACGGGAAGCUGCUGGCUGAACGGGAUGGAGUCAAAAGGAGGAGUGAGGAGCUGGCCACAGAGAAGGAGGCUUUGAAGUGGCAGCUCUGUGAGUGUGAACGCCUCAUUUGCCAACGAGAUGCUGUCCUCUCCGAGCGCACUCACCACGCUGAGGGUCUGGCCAAGACGUUGGAGGAGUACAGAACAACCACCCAGGAACUGAGGCUGGAAAUCUCACACCUGGAAGAGAAGCUGAGUCAGACCCAGGAGGGGCCAGAUGAGCUAUCAGAAGGGGCCCAAGUGAGAAGAGUGGGCUGGACCAGGCUGCUGCCCCCAUCGCUGGGUGUAGAGAUUGAGGCCAUUCAGCAGAAAGGACUUCUCCUCUCCCAGAAACAAGAAGUGGCAGCCGCUGCUCUCUCAAGCCCUCUGUGUGGAGUGUGGCAGUGGGAGGAGGUUGCCAUUGAGACGGAUGAGGAAGCUGAGUUUCCCUCUAAAGCCCCAACUGGGGCACAGAGAAACUUCCAAGGAGAGCCAGCACACCCUCAUGGAGGAAGACAGGAGCAAUCAAUGUGGUUGCCCAGAAGCGAGAAUGAGGAGGAAGUAGAGCCCCAGACCAUGACUCCGCUUCAGCCCUGUGAGGAGGGUACUGUCAUGGACCCUGUCCAGCAGGACAGUCUGCCUAUCCCUCUGGGGGACCCUCAUCCUGGAGACAUCCCAGGAAGCCCUCCUGAGAGCAGCCCUGCUGAACCAGAGCUGCAGCAAGCCCUGGUGCCUGUGGUAAAAGAGCUGGUCCCAGUCAGGAGGCCAGUCUGGGGCCAGGUCCACGGCCAACUCUGCCUGCCCACCAUGUACCACCAGCCUCUCAGGGUCCCUCGGCACCCGCUGAUUCCGGUACCCGUCCUGGGCCUGCUGCUGCUGCUCCUGCUCUCCAUCCUGCUGCUGGGCCAGUCCCCGCCCCCCACCUGGCCCCACCUCCAGCUCUGCUACCUCCAGCCUCCUCCAGUGUGAGGCGCUCAGAGCAAGGCCUAGGCAGAGAAUCCUCGGGGGCUCUUCCUACUGUUAUUACCAUUGUUGUGCCACCAUGACCUGGGAGGACCCAGGUCCCGGAACCCCAGAUACAGUGCUCCAGGACACACACCCCUGUAUUGGGUUUUUAUGUGAAGUCUUUUGUUUUUUUUUAACAUCAGUGACCACAAUUCUUAACAAUACCAAAACACACCCAAUAAUGGAUUAAAUGCUAGGGGCUUAUUUUUGAAACCAGCCUGGAGAAGAACUGUGGGUCCACAGCUCUGGAUCUCCACAGCCUGGGGGUCAAGGGAGCUGGGAUUCUUUAUCAUCCUCCUGGCCCUUCCUCUUGAUCAGGAGGUGGCAGACAUAGCUUCAUGUGUCACAUCUGCAGGAAGAAGGGGACAUGUCCCUUUGUUUAUAAAGAAAACCAGUAGCCUUCCCAGAGCCAACCGCAGAGCCGUGUUUCUGUCUCAUUGGCUGGAAGUGUUUAUUGUGACCACUCUUAGCUGCAAGAGAGGCUGGGAGACAGAGCACCUCUUUCCUCUCCUGGCAGAAAGAGGGAGAGAUACAUGUGGGUCCUGCACACAUCACAGAUGUCCACUGCAGUGCAAACAGCUGGCAGGAGAUGGACCAGUGUGCCAUUUGUUCACUCAUCACUAACUGCUCAUCCAUGUGCCACAAUUAGACCUUAGAAGAUAAAGCUGUAGGGGCAUCUGACCUCUGCUCAGGUCAUGAUCUCGAGGUCCUCGGAUGGAACCUCACCUCAGUCUCCCCACUCAGCAGGAAGUCUGUUUGUCCCUCUGCCCCUCCCCCCAUGUUUGUGUGCUCUUUCAAAUAAAAUAUUUUAAAAAUUCA